GUACAAUGAGGCCUCAUGAGACCCCUCCAUCAGAGACUCCUACUGUUUCAUCGAGCUCUUCGAGCAAUGGAUCGGAGAAGCCGCUCUCGCUGAAGAAACAAACUUCAGGCGGGAUGAGCGGGGACAGGGACGUGGCUGAUAUCCACGAUAUGUGGAGUGUCACCAAAGAGUACGUCAGAAUGCGGCAAUACCAGGACAUUCCCGACAGUGAUCCAACAGCAGUCCUUGCCAACAAAUUGCGGGAAUAUAUGGAAAGGACUACGGCCGAUGGUUUCCAGCCAGAGCCGUUCUUCCACCGCAAGAGCGGCAAGUUAGUGCUCUCUAUGUUGCAUGUCCGAAUGGAGGACGGCAGCGACGAGUUUUUCGAGGGCAUCAAUGGUGAAGUUUCGUUGCCUACUGGGUCCCUAUGCAGCGAACGAGCGGCUAUCGCGCAUGCUCGUUCGGUGCACCCCAGGAUAAACAGGGGAAUGUUUAUGGGCAUCGCGGUCAUCGACGUACCUACUAAGAUGAACGAUGGUCACACUGACAAUCCCUUAUGGCCCUGCGGGGCGUGCUCGGAGUGGUUGAAGAAAAUUCAGCAGUCUGUGCCCAACUUCCGAGUCUUAGCUUUCGAUAGUGUAGAGAUGAACGUGAUCUACGAGCGGUUCCUCUUCAUGACCCACACAGUAAUCGAUCAUAGCUUCACUCCUGCAGACCUAGGACGUUGGCAGUGUGACACGUGUCACACCAUCAAUCCUGAGAUGACCAGCAACUGUCAGAACUGCCUUAUGGAACGAUGGGACAAGCGGGUCCUGAAACCGGGAAAGCGCCGGGAUUAUCGCCAAGUUCUGAGGAGCCUCUUCGAGGCUACUUUGUGUAAUGCCAAGCCAGUGACACAAGCUGAGUGGAAGCUGGUUGCUGGAUGGGUGCCUAUGUGGUGGUUGGAGGCGGAGAUGGCCCCAAUGGGUUUGGUAGAGGUCCUUGGUGAGGAAGGACCGGCUAGGAGAUAUCGAUUGACUGGCAAGGGUUUGAAGAUGAUGAAUGAGCCUAACUCUAGCUAUAAUGAGUCGCUUCGGCACUCCAAACCUGUUCCGGAAGCUGUACCAGAUGAAGACGAAUGACGUGGUGACGGGCCAUGGAGACCUUGAGAACCUGAUUGACUGAACGUUUGCAUGCUGUAUGAUGCAGUUCCUGAUUUUACUACCAU